AUGGCUGUGAUCGACGCUGUGCCAUCUCUCGAAGAGCUGUCGCUGGUUGAUGUGUGCGGACAACAGUGCAUGCCCGGGAUCGAGACAAACCUGGCCGAACUUCUCUUGACAGCUGCAGAAGCAACUCCGGACCGCGUCUGCCUGGAAGUCGAGGGCGAAAGCUACACCUUCGCGCAGGUCGCUCGCAUGGCGAACUCGAUCCGCAAAGUCCUCCGCAAGGCCUUGGCUUCCUUGGACCUCCCGAGCGCGUCGCCCAGCGAGGUGCCGGAAGCCCACCAGCGCAGAUCGGACGAGCAUGUGGUGACCAUCGUGCUUGACCGAGGCGUGAAGAGCAUCGCAGCCGUCCACGCCGUGAUGCUGGAGGGGUGUGCGUACAACGCCUUCGACGUUGGAGAGCCCGUGGAGAAGCUUCGAAGCUGGGUGGAAGUCUCUCGCCCGCCAGUGAUGAUUUCCUCCGCCGACGUCUUGAAGCGACUCGCUCUCACGGACGUUGCAGCGACUUUGGGCGACUUCCCCCGCGUUGUCAUCGAUGCUGACUUGGCCUUGAAGAAGGCGGACAGCCGGGGCAUGCUCCCAGCUGCCAAGCAUGACCAAAACGAUUUGGAUAGGUUGGCUUACCUGAUCUUCACAAGUGGGUCCACGGGAAAGCCCAAGGCUGUAAUGAUCCGACACAAGUCGGCCUUGAACGUGGUGCGCAUCUGGGGGAGGUAUGUGGGUCUUGGCCCUCAUGAUCGGUUUGCUCAGGUUGCUUCCAUGUCCUGGGACGUGCACAUCAUCGAAGUCUACGGCACCAUGUCGGUGGGAGCCACGAGUGUCACUUGCCCGGAUAUGAUCAAGAAGUCGGGCCCGGACAUGCAAGUCUGGCUGAAGGACCGGAUGAUCACCGGGAUGAGCGUGGUGCCUUCGCACUUGCGCACCAUGGCUGGGGGCGGAGCCGACGUCUCAAGAAGUUCCGCAGGGCUUCCGCACUUGAGAAUCCUGGACGUCGGAGGAGAGGCGCUGGGCGCGGACGUCGUGUCCACUUGGGCCCCAGGCCGUCGCCUCUUCAACAGCUACGGGCCCUCGGAAAUCUCGGUGGUUUGUACGGGCGCUUACGUGAAGCCCGACGAGAUCAUCACCAUCGGCGCCGAGUUGCCCACCUACACGUGCCACAUCCUGGACCCCGAGACGCUGGAACGGAAAGCGGAUGGAGAGCGCGGCGUGCUCUUCGUGGGGGGCAUCGGUCUGGCCCGAGGCUAUCUCGAAGAGGAGGAGAAGACCAAGGCCAAGUUCGUGGAGUUGCCGGGCAUCGGCCGUGUCUACAACACCGGAGACCUGGCGCUCCGCGAUGAGUCUGGGCGGAUCCACUACCACGGCCGAGUGGACUGGCAGGUGAAGGUGCGCGGCAUUCGGAUCGAGCUGGAAGCCUUGGAGCAGGCGAUCGUGGAGUUGCCGGCGGUGAAGCACUGCGAGGCUCGUGUUCUGGACGGCCAGAGUUUGGUGCUGCUGGCUUCAGGAACUUCAGGGGAUGUUUCGGAGGCGGAGCUGAAAGCGACGGCCGCGUCGCUGGGCCGGGGCUACGUUCUGAGCCAGGUGAAGAUCGUAGAGAACGACGCCUGGAAGUUCAACGCCUCCGGAAAGCUCUUGCGGAAUGUGGUUCCCCUGGAUGAGGAGAUGAAUGCGGAGGUGAAGAAAGAUGGCUGGGAGGCCUUCGAUAAGACCGGGGUGUCAGAUCUCGAGCUCGAAAUCGCAGCCUGCUUGGCUCCACAGUUGAACGUUGCGGAGUGGAGCCGGGACUCACAUUUCAUGGAGGAUCUCGGCGUCGACUCCGGAGGUUUCGGACGACUGAUCUCUCAGAUGAGGUCCAAGCCGAGGCUGCAGAAGAUCGACCUGCAGAUGCUCUUUGACCGCCCCACGGUUCGAUCGUUGGCCGCAGCUCUUGCUGAGCAGUCAGCGGAAUCAGACUCUGAGGACGAAGUGAGCCUGGAACCGGACCUGCUGGAUUCCUUCCUUGAGGCUGUGAAGGAGCAGCCCCACGCCGUCUGCCUCGAGGGGAGCUAUGAGUCAUUGAGCUACUUGCAGCUGCGUCGUCAGAUGACAGCCUAUCAGCGACUCUUGCAUGAAGCCAAGCCGUCCAGGGGAAGCGUCGUGGCAAUAUGCCUGGAGUCCAUGACUAGGCUGGGUGCCAUGUUGGGGGUUCUCCGUGAAGGGUGCGUCUUCAGCCUUCUCGGACCGGAUUGUGCGGAGCAGAUCGAAGUGCUGAAGCCGGAUUUCGUCUUGGCCAGCUCCGAUGACAGCAGCUGGGGUCAGCUGGCCAAGCUUUGCGACGCUUCCUCCCAGAUGAGUCUGCUCGAUGCGAAAGCAGUGGGUUCCCUGCUGUCGCAGCCGCCCAAGGCCAGAAGGGCCAUGCAAGGUGACGACGUGUGCUGCGUUGCCCUGGAAGUGAGGGGAGGCGUGCAGUGCGCAAUCCCGGCAUCGCACCGCGCCGUGCUGCAAGCGCUCGCCGCUUGGCGCCCAGUCGUGGAAGGCGGGCGCGUCUCCAGCCUCACAGUGUCGGGCACUGCAGGCGACAUCCUCAGCACUUGGAGCAUCUUGGCCCGAGGAGCCACGCUGCUGGCCUAUGAUGCUGAACAGCUGCGGCAGAUGCGGGCUGAGCUUCUGAUCUGCGAGCAUGACAAAGUCCCACGUUGUGGUGCGAGCCAUGCGGGCCAGCGCAAGAUCCUGCAGCUGCCAGUGGACGGUGGGUUCACGGCAGUUCCGUCGUUUCCCAAGUACGCUCCCGCGGGAACUGCAGAAAGCCUCCGUUCACAAGCUCUUCGAUCUUCUUCCUUGCUCUCUUUGGCUUCAUCUUUAGCUCCCUACAUCCUUGGACAAAGCCAGGCAGAGGGAACGGAGAGCUUCGGCAAUCGCAGCUGGCCCGUGCUAUGUGCUGCGGUGCAAGGCCUGGCCAUUUUGGGACAGCCGGUCUUUGUGGCGUCUCGCCUGCUUCUUGCGGAAAGAGUUCUGCUGCCUUUGUCGUUCAUGCUGCCCGUCUGGCAGACCUUCCUCUUGCUGAUAGCUGUGCUGACGCUGGAGCAGUUCGUUCGGGUGUUCAUCUUGGUGGCUGUGAAGUGGUCUCUGAUCGGUCGCUACAAGGCAGGUGAUCAUGACAUCUACAGCUUGUUCUAUCUGCGUCAUUGGCUGGUAGAGCACAUGGCGAAGGGCACCAUUGUGGGCCAGAAUGCGCAUCAGGGAAGCAACAUCGCCUUCUUGUUUCUGCGCAACCUGGCUUUGAGGGCCCUCGGCGCAGAUGUCCGACUGACCUCAGUGGUCACUGCUCGCGUGGUGGCGUAUGACCUCGUUUCAGUCGGCGACUUGGCGACCGUCCAUGGCCCUCGACACCUGACCGCCGUGAACUAUGGCAGCAGGCGCAUGGUCCUGAAACCCGUGAAGGUGGGUGCGGGCGCCUAUGUGGGCCCCAACUGCACUUUGGAGCCGGGAUGUGAGAUUGCAGCUGCGGGCUAUGUGGAGCCUUUGUCAGCCGUCCCUUCUGGCAUGCUGGUGGAUGGCCGUGUGUGUGGCGUUCCUGCUCAAGUUGUGGGGCCCAAAGAUCUCUGCAGGUUGCCUGACCCUGCAGAAGUCCGAAACUUUCGAACUCGCGCGGCCUUCUUUGCCACAGCCUACUGGAUGUUGCUCCUUCCCAAAGCGCUGAUGCCGCUCAUUGGCGUCUUGGCGUUCCAGCUGCUCAGCUCGUAUCCUUGGAAUCAUCAGGAAGUAGUCAGGGAAGAGUCCAUGUAUCCGGAGCAUGUGGACGUGCUGCCCACAGAGAUGAUGGAUCGGCUAAAAUGGAUUCCGCUCAUCGCGUUCGGGGCUUCCAUGUUGAACACGGUGCUCCAACUCGGCGGAACCGCCGUCCUCUGCCGGGUUCUGCCCAAAGUGAAGCCGCCCUUCACCUCUUCCUUGCUGAGCAUCAGGGCGCAGAUCGCCGCCUUGAAGAUGUCCAUGGUGCUGCAGGCGUCAGAGAUGCUAGCAGAUGCUUCCAUUGUCCCUGCCUUCAUCCGGAUGUGCGGUGCCACCUUCGGACACGGAUGCGCUAUGGGCUUGCAGGUGACCCUUCCGGAGACGCUGGUGGUGGGCAAAGGCUGCUUCUUCGCCACCGGCAACAUCUUGACCAGCGUGGAUGUCGACCAGGGGAAGUUCAACGUGCCUUGCAUCACCUACAUGAGCGAUCACACCUUCUUGGGAAACCACAACCACUUGCCCGAGGGCCUGCCGGAGGGCAGCUUCUGUGGAGUGGGCUACUUCGGCAACCCUGCCAUGAAGUUCCGUCGCCUAAGCAAUGCUGCAGGCAAAGUGAACCAGGGCCCCGAAGCGGCGAGCUGCCUGGCGCGUUUCUGGCACCAUUUCAGCACCAGCAUCUUGGAUGUCUUCCUGUACCGCGGCGUGCAGGGCGCUGUCACGGCUUCCGCCAUGCUGACGAGCCGCCUCCUGUGCCCCAUGAUCACCGCAGCUUGGGAAGUUCUUGCCCUGGUCCUCGUGUACGUGGCCUUCGCGUUGGUCUCCUGGUACCUUUUCUCCGUGGUGCUGGGCAACCUGCUCUUCAACGGAUCCACCCCUCACAGCAACGCCUACUACUCCACCACGGUGACGCGUUGGUUCACGGCACUCACCGCCCAGCAGCGGGUCUUCAAGCUGCCAUUCCAGACAGCCGGCACCCGCUGGCAAGCUCCUGUUCUGCGAUUGCUUGGAGCGCGUGUGGGCAAGCGGUUCUUCUGCAUGAACGAGAUGGUGCUGGUGGACGCUCCCUUCACGGACAUCGGCGAUGACGUCACAGUGGACUAUGAUGGACAGGUGAGAUGCCAUUCUUUCGAGGACUUCCGCCUGAAAUUCACCCACUACUCAGUGGGGCAUCGGGUGACUAUCAUGUCAGGUGCCAGUGUGGCAAUGUGCCAUGCCGGAGAGGGCGCGGUGUUGCGUCCAGGGAGUCUCAGCUGGAAGGGCAGCAACCUGGAGCCUGGUGUUGUCUACGAGGGUGCGCCUGCAUCCGCCCUGGAUGACCUCGAGACGGGGCCUGCUCAUCCCGCUCCCACGCUCUUGCAGGGCAAAGCGAGGAGCAACGCAAAAGGAGAGGAACCCAACUUCCUGCAGAUCCCUGCCUUUUGGAUAUCUUUGCUAGGUGGCAUGUGGAUGGGCACCACUAUCUUCCAACCAGUGCAGCCAGGGUCGGUGGUUUUGAGGCCUCGUUUGGAGUCAAAGGCCUUUGUGCAUCUCGGCUCCAGCAUUUUGCAUUCCCCGCCCCACGCACCUCUCAACACCUCGAUCUACAGCUUCGCUUGUAAAGUCGCAAUGGCUGUGAUCGACGCUGUGCCAUCUCUCGAAGAGCUGUCGCUGGUUGAUGUGUGCGGACAACAGUGCAUGCCCGGGAUCGAGACAAACCUGGCCGAACUUCUCUUGACAGCUGCAGAAGCAACUCCGGACCGUGUCUGCCUGGAAGUCGAGGGCGAAAGCUACACCUUCGCGCAGGUCGCUCGCAUGGCGAACUCGAUCCGCAAAGUCCUCCGCAAGGCUUUGGCUUCCUUGGACCUCCCGAGCGCGUCGCCCAGCGAGGUGCCGGAAGCCCACCAGCGCAGAUCGGACGAGCAUGUGGUGACCAUCGUGCUUGAACGAGGCGUGAAGAGCAUCGCAGCCGUGCACGCUGUGAUGCUGGAGGGGUGUGCGUACAACGCCUUCGACAUUGGAGAGCCCGUGGAGAAGCUUCGAAGCUGGGUGGAAGUUUCUCGCCCGCCAGUGAUGAUUUCCUCCGCCGCCGUCUUGAAGCGACUCGCUCUCACGGACGUUGCAGCGACUUUGGGCGACUUCCCCCGCGUUGUCAUCGAUGCUGACUUGGCCUUGAAGAAGGCGGACAGCCGGGGAAUGCUCCCAGCUGCCAAGCAUGACCAAAACGAUUUGGAUAGGUUGGCUUACCUGAUCUUCACAAGUGGGUCCACGGGAAAGCCCAAGGCUGUAAUGAUCCGACACAAGUCGGCCUUGAACGUGGUGCGCAUCUGGGGGAGGUAUGUGGGUCUUGGCCCUCAUGAUCGGUUUGCUCAGGUUGCUUCCAUGUCCUGGGAUGUGCACAUCAUCGAAGUCUACGGCACCAUGUCGGUGGGAGCCACGAGUGUCACUUGCCCGGAUAUGAUCAAGAAGUCGGGCCCGGACAUGCAAGUCUGGCUGAAGGACCGGAUGAUCACCGGCAUGAGCGUGGUGCCUUCGCACUUGCGCACCAUGGCUGGGGGCGGAGCCGACGUCUCAAGAAGUUCCGCAGGGCUUCCGCACUUGAGAAUCCUGGACGUCGGAGGAGAGGCGCUGGGCGCGGACGUCGUGUCCACUUGGGCCCCAGGCCGUCGCCUCUUCAACAGCUACGGGCCCUCGGAGAUCUCGGUGGUUUGUACGGGCGCUUACGUGAAGCCCGACGAGAUCAUCACCAUCGGCGCCGAGUUGCCCACCUACACGUGCCACAUCCUGGACCCCGAGACGCUGGAACGGAAAGCAGAUGGAGAGCGCGGCGUGCUCUUCGUGGGGGGCAUCGGUCUGGCCCGAGGCUAUCUCGAAGAGGAGGAGAAGACCAAGGCCAAGUUCGUGGAGUUGCCGGGCAUCGGCCGUGUCUACAACACCGGAGACCUGGCGCUCCGCGAUGAGUCUGGGCGAAUCCACUACCACGGCCGAGUGGAUUGGCAGGUGAAGGUGCGCGGCAUUCGGAUCGAGCUGGAAGCCUUGGAGCAGGCGAUCGUGGAGUUGCCGGCGGUGAAGCACUGCGAGGCUCGUGUUCUGGACGGCCAGAGUUUGGUGCUGCUGGCUUCAGGAACUUCAGGGGAUGUUUCGGAGGCGGAGCUGAAAGCGACGGCCGCGUCGCUGGGCCGGGGCUACGUUCUGAGCCAGGUGAAGAUCGUAGAGAACGACGCCUGGAAGUUCAACGCCUCCGGAAAGCUCUUGCGGAAUGUGGUUCCCCUGGAUGAGGAGAUGAAUGCGGAGGUGAAGAAAGAUGGCUGGGAGGCCUUCGAUAAGACCGGGGUGUCAGAUCUCGAGCUCGAAAUCGCAGCCUGCUUGGCUCCACAGUUGAACGUUGCGGAGUGGAGCCGGGACUCGCAUUUCAUGGAGGAUCUCGGCGUCGACUCCGGAGGUUUCGGACGACUGAUCUCUCAGAUGAGGUCCAAGCCGAGGCUGCAGAAGAUCGACCUGCAGAUGCUCUUUGACCGCCCCACGGUUCGAUCGUUGGCGGCUGCUCUUGCUGAGCAGUCGGCAGAAUCAGACUCUGAGGACGAAGUGAGCCUGGAACCGGACCUGCUGGAUUCCUUCCUUGAGGCUGUGAAGGAGCACCCCCACGCCGUCUGCCUCGAGGGGAGCUAUGAGUCAUUGAGCUACUUGCAGCUGCGUCGUCAGAUGAUGGCCUAUCAACGGCUCUUGCAUGAAGCCAAGCCGUCCAGGGGAAGCGUCGUGGCAAUAUGCCUGGAGUCCAUGACUAGGCUGGGUGCCAUGUUGGGGGUUCUCCGUGAAGGGUGCGUCUUCAGCCUUCUCGGACCGGAUUGUGCGGAGCAGAUCGAAGUGCUGAAGCCGGAUUUCGUCUUGGCCAGCUCCGAUGACAGCAGCUGGGGUCAGCUGGCCAAGCUUUGCGACGCUUCCUCCCAGAUGAGUCUGCUCGAUGCGAAAGCAGUGGGUUCCCUGCUGUCGCAGCCGCCCAAGGCCAGAAGGGCCAUGCAAGGUGACGACGUGUGCUGCGUUGCCCUGGAAGUGAGGGGAGGCGUGCAGUGCGCAAUCCCGGCAUCGCACCGCGCCGUGCUGCAAGCGCUCGCCGCUUGGCGCCCAGUCGUGGAAGGCGGGCGCGUCUCCAGCCUCACAGUGUCGGGCUCGGCAGGCGACAUCCUCAGCACUUGGAGCAUCUUGGCCCGAGGAGCCACGCUUCUGGCCUGUGAUGCUGAACAGCUGCGGCAGAUGCGGGCUGAGCUUCUGAUCUGCGAGCAUGACAAAGUUCCACGUUGUGGUGCGAGCCAUGCGAGCCAGCGCAAGAUCCUGCAGCUGCCAGUGGACGGUGGGUUCACGGCAGUUCCGGCAUUUCCCAAGUAUGCUCCCGCGGGAACUGCGGAAAGCCUCCGUUCACAAGCUCUUCGAUCUUCUUCCUUGCUCUCUUUGGCUUCAUCUUUAGCUCCCUACAUCCUUGGACAAAGCCAGGCAGAGGGAACGGAGAGCUUCGGCAAUCGCAGCUGGCCCGUGCUGUGUGCUGCGGUGCAAGGCCUGGCCAUUUUGGGACAGCCGGUCUUUGUGGCGUCUCGCCUGCUUCUUGCGGAAAGAGUUCUGCUGCCUUUGUCGUUCAUGCUGCCCGUCUGGCAGACCUUCCUCUUGCUGAUAGCUGUGCUGACGCUGGAGCAGUUCGUUCGGGUGUUCAUCUUGGUGGCUGUGAAGUGGUCUCUGAUCGGUCGCUACAAGGCAGGUGAUCAUGACAUCUACAGCUUGUUCUAUCUGCGUCAUUGGCUGGUAGAGCACAUGGCGAAGGGCACCAUUGUGGGCCAGAAUGCGCAUCAGGGAAGCAACAUCGCCUUCUUGUUUCUGCGCAACCUGGCUUUGAGGGCCCUCGGCGCAGAUGUCCGAUUGACCUCAGUGGUCACUGCUCGCGUGGUGGCGUAUGACCUCGUUUCAGUCGGCGACUUGGCGACCGUCCAUGGCCCUCGACACCUGACCGCCGUGAACUAUGGCAGCAGGCGCAUGGUCCUGAAACCCGUGAAGGUGGGUGCGGGCGCCUAUGUGGGCCCCAACUGCACUUUGGAGCCGGGAUGUGAGAUUGCAGCUGCGGGCUAUGUGGAGCCUUUGUCAGCCGUCCCUUCUGGCAUGCUGGUGGAUGGCCGUGUGUGUGGCGUUCCUGCUCAAGUUGUGGGGCCCAAAGAUCUCAGCAGGUUGCCUGACCCUGCAGAAGUCCGAAGCUUUCGAACUCGCGCGGCCUUCUUUGCCACAGCCUACUGGAUGUUGCUCCUUCCCAAAGCGCUGAUGCCGCUCAUUGGCGUCUUGGCGUUCCAGCUGCUCAGCUCGUAUCCUUGGAAUCAUCAGGAAGUAGUCAGGGAAGAGUCCAUGUAUCCGGAGCAUGUGGAUGUGCUGCCCACAGAGAUGAUGGAUCGGCUAAAAUGGAUUCCGCUCAUCGCGUUCGGGGCUUCCAUGUUGAACACGGUGCUCCAACUCGGCGGAACCGCCGUCCUCUGCCGGGUUCUGCCCAAAGUGAAGCCGCCCUUCACCUCUUCCUUGCUGAGCAUCAGGGCGCAGAUCGCCGCCUUGAAGAUGUCCAUGGUGCUGCAGGCGUCAGAGAUGCUAGCAGAUGCUUCCAUUGUCCCUGCCUUCAUCCGGAUGUGCGGUGCCACCUUCGGACACGGAUGCGCUAUGGGCUUGCAGGUGACCCUUCCGGAGACGCUGGUGGUGGGCAAAGGCUGCUUCUUCGCCACCGGCAACAUCUUGACCAGCGUGGAUGUCGACCAGGGGAAGUUCAACGUGCCUUGCAUCACCUACAUGAGCGAUCACACCUUCUUGGGAAACCACAACCACCUGCCCGAGGGCCUGCCGGAGGGCAGCUUCUGUGGAGUGGGCACCUGGCUGCCGAAGAGGCCGACUGAACCCAACAUGAGCUACUUCGGCAACCCUGCCAUGAAGUUCCGUCGGCUAAGCAACGCUGCAGGCAAAGUGAACCAGGGCCCCGAAGCGGCGAGCUGCCUGGCGCGUUUCUGGCACCAUUUCAGCACCAGCAUCUUGGAUGUCUUCCUGUACCGCGGCGUGCAGGGCGCUGUCACGGCUUCCGCCAUGCUGACGAGCCGCCUCCUGUGCCCCAUGAUCACCGCAGCUUGGGAAGUUCUUGCCCUGGUCCUCGUGUACGUGGCCUUCGCGUUGGUCUCCUGGUACCUUUUCUCCGUGGUGCUGGGCAACCUGCUCUUCAACGGAUCCACCCCCCACAGCAACGCCUACUACUCCACCACGGUGACGCGUUGGUUCACGGCACUCACCGCCCAGCAGCGGGUCUUCAAGCUGCCAUUCCAGACAGCCGGCACCCGCUGGCAAGCUCCUGUUCUGCGAUUGCUUGGAGCGCGUGUGGGCAAGCGGUUCUUCUGCAUGAACGAGAUGGUGCUGGUGGACGCUCCCUUCACGGACAUCGGCGAUGACGUCACAGUGGACUAUGAUGGACAGGUGAGAUGCCAUUCUUUCGAGGACUUCCGCCUGAAAUUCACCCACUACUCGGUGGGGCAUCGGGUGACCAUCAUGUCAGGUGCCAGUGUGGCAAUGUGCCAUGCCGGAGAGGGCGCGGUGUUGCGUCCAGGGAGUCUCAGCUGGAAGGGCAGCAACCUGGAGCCUGGUGUUGUCUACGAGGGUGCGCCUGCAUCCGCCCUGGAUGACCUCGAGACGGGGCCUGCUCAUCCCGCUCCCACGCUCUUGCAGGGCAAAGCGAGGCUGCCGAUGGCGAAGUGA